UUUCCGGGAAGAUGGCGACGGUGGAGGCGACAGCGGAGCUGGGAACCGUGGCGACGGCCUUCGGGCCAAAGGCGAAGGACGAAGAAGAGGAGGAGGAGGAGGAGUCGUUGCCACCAUGCGAGACUGUGCGCUGGGCCCCCGUCGGGGCGGUGGCCGAGGCCGGUCCUGGAGCGGCAACGUUCUCGGAGGAGGCGGCCGCCGAGGAGGCUGGAGCGGCUCCGGGCUCCCCUCCCGACGCGUCCAUCCGCACGGUGAGGCGGCUGCAAGCCGAGCGGCGGCAGCUGGACUCGGCCCUGCUCGCGCUGUCCUCGCACUUCGCUCAGGUGCAGUUCCGCCUGCGCCAGGUAGUGCGCGGGGCGCCGGCGGAGCAGCAGCGUCUCCUGCGCGAGCUCGAGGACUUCGCCUUCCGCGGCUGUCCGCACGUCCUGGGUUACGAGGGGCUGGAGGACCCCUGCGGCGGCGGCGGCGGCGAAGGCGAUGGGCGGCCGGGGGACCGGCCACGGGUGCGGGGCGAGGACCAGAGUGAGCAGGAAAAACGGGAGCGCCUGGAAACCCAGAGGGAGAAGCAGAAGGAGCUGAUUCUGCAGCUCAAGACCCAGCUUGAUGACCUGGAAACAUUCGCUUAUCAGGAGGGCAGUUAUGACUCCCUGCCACAGUCUGUGGUCUUGGAAAGACAGCGGGUGAUCAUUGACGAGUUAAUAAAGAAACUGGACAUGAAUCUGAAUGAGGACAUCAGCUCCCUGUCCACUGAGGAGCUUCGCCAGCGUGUGGACGCAGCAGUGGCUCAGAUUGUUAACCCGGCUCGGGUCAAAGAGCAGUUGGUUGAGCAGCUGAAAACCCAGAUCCGGGAUCUUGAGAUGUUCAUCAGCUUCAUCCAAGAUGAAGUGGGAAGCCCCUUGCAGACGGGUGAACACUGUGAGUGCAAAGCCAGCCGGAAGGCAGGAAACGGCACCACCAGAACAGGCAGCGGCACACUGCCCCCAGGAACCAGCAAAACCAAGGCAGAAGACGUGAAGCGAGUCCGGGAGACAGGGCAGCACCUGAUGCGGCGAGCGCUGGCCGUGCUCCAGAUCUUUGUUGUUAGCCAGUUUGGCUGCGCCACAGGCCAGAUCCCUCAAACCUUGUGGCAGAGGGACCAGGCAGACAGAGACUACUCCCCCUUAUUGAAGAGGCUGGAAGUCUCAGUAAACAGAGUAAAGCAGCUAGCCCUGAGGCAUCAGCCACAUGACCAUGUCAUCACUUCAGCCAACCUCCAGGACCUCUGUCUGGGAGGCAAGGAUGAGCUGACCAUGGCUGUGCGGAAGGAGCUGACAGUGGCUGUGAGGGACCUGUUGGCCCACGGACUACAUGCCUCGUCUUCUGGGAUGAGCCUUGUCAUGGCUCCCAUUGCUUGCUUGUUGCCAGCCUUCUCCUCAGCCCCUGAGACCAUGCACCCCUGGGAGCUCUUUGUGAAGUACUAUCAUGCCAAGAAUGGCCGCGCGUAUGUGGAAUCCCCAGCCCGGAAGCUCUCAGAGUCCUUCGCCCUGCCUGUAAUGGGUGGCACUGCCGUGACCCCUAAACAGAGCCUUCUGACAGCCAUCCACCUGGUCCUGACAGAGCAUGACCCUUUCAGGCGCAGCGCGGACUCGGAGCUGAAGGCGUUGGUGUGCAUGGCGCUAAAUGAGCAGCGCCUGGUGUCCUGGGUAAACCUCAUCUGCAAGUCAGGCUCCCUCAUCGAGCCCCAUUACCAGCCCUGGAGCUACAUGGUGCACACAGGUUUUGAGAGUGCCCUCAACUUGCUCAGCCGCCUCAGCAGCCUCAAGUUCAGCCUUCCUGUAGACUUGGCUGUGCGCCAGCUCAAGAACAUCAAAGAUGCCUUUUGAUGAGAAUGCCCCACACACCUUUCUCUGAAGGGACAGUGUCCUAGAAUUCUAGCAAAAGCCAGGGAGUCAAAGGAAGGGUCAGAGACCUUUUUCUUAGACCCUUUUCAGGUGAUCAGCCUAAUGGAAGCAAAGUCCAUUUUCUCUCUUAGCAUAUUAGAAAGACGUGUCAGAGACUGUCAUCAAAAAUAGUGUCAGGGAGCCCGGGUGUGAUGGUGCUUGCCUGUGAUCGCAGCACUUGGGAAGGCAGAGGCAGGCAGAUCCCAAUGAGUUUGAGGCCUGGUCUACAAAGCAAGUCCAGGACAGCCAAGGCUACACAGAGAAACCCUGUCUCAAAACAAACAAAAAAAUAGUGUCAGUGGCCUGGGUGACAGUUCACCAGGUAAGGGUGCUUGCUGUCAAAUCUGGCAAUCCGGGUGGUACAAGGAGAGAAAAGUCCUCCCACAAAUUGGCCUCUUACCUCCACUCAAACUGUAGCAUAUGUGAAUCCCUGCCCAAACACAAACAAAUGUAAUAAUAAAAUCCACAAAAUAAAUGUCAGGACUAGAGGUGUAGCUCAGUGGUGCCUUGCGUGGAAAGCAUGCACACAAGCCAGGGCUGAGGACAUAAAAGCAAGCAGGAAGAGCUGACCUUAGCUCACCAUUGUACCUGUCCCACUGUUGGAGCCUGUGUUAACAAAAAUCAGUCACCCGCAUAGCUAAUGCCCAACUCACUGUGCCAUGUUGAUUUUUAGAAAGUGCAUGUUGGGCCUACUAUUCUCUUCAUGGUGGCAAGUCGCUGUAUGAGGGAGUUCUGGAAGACACUAGACUUGAGGCUCCUGCUAGUGAAGUUGGGAACAGUCUUCCUUUGUGAGAAGCAGCUGUGAGAGCCCUAGGGCCAACACUGUAUGAAUUCUGAGUCCCCUUUCCUCCAAAGGAGUUUUAAUCCGGGUCUAAGAUGGGAAAUCUCCCUGCUAAGUAAUGCUCGAACACAGAGCACUCCUCUAGUCAUAAAGGACAGCUGAUGUCGGGUACUGCCUCUGGCAGUCACUUUCCUCCGUGGGCCCCUCAGGACUGACACGAUCUUCAGAAGCGAAAGCACUCCGAAAGAAUCCCUGUCGCUCAAGAACACACAGUCUGCGGGUUGAGGAGUGCCAUGGCCCCUGGGUUGUGACUCGCUGGCCCCAUUUGUCCUGGAGACUGGCUGACGGGGGAGGUUUGUGCUCGGUGUGCACAGCAGCAGCUGCCGGCCUCCACACAGUCCACCCGCUGCAUGUCUGUGAAAGUGACUCCCUUGUCCUUCAUCUUGCCAUGGGCACUUGCCCCAGGACUCAACUGAAGAUGCGUGAGCUGAACUGCCACCUGCACUUUAUUCCCAGGAAGUGCACUUUAACUCGUUUCAGCAACGCGCCACUUAAGAUGCAUCAUUGACAUUCGGUGGAAGGACAUUUAGUUUCCCUGUGAACCACGACAAUGUUUAGGAGGUUGGGAUGCAGCUCAGUGGUAGACUGCUUGCCUGGCAAUCCUCAGCACUCCCCUCCCUCUCCCCAAGGAAAAAAAAAUAAUUGUAAAAUAUCAUAUAUAUAUAUAUAAUAUCUGUGAUUGCUAAUAAAGUUACAGUAUUUUGGGUA